AUGGCUGAAGAAGUGUUAAUAACGGCUCCAGGGAAAAUUACAUCGCACCUGACUUCCUCCUUACUGGCUGUGGCCUUCCUCACCUCGUUUGGCAGCUCCAUGCUCUAUGGCUUCAAUCUGGCUGUGGUCAACUCUCCUGCAGGCUACAUCAAAGACUUCUACAACCGCACCAUCGUGAGCCGCAACGGCACGGGGCUGAACCAGGAGGCGCUCACGCUCAUGUACUCGCUCACCGUGUCCGUCUUCGCCGUCGGAGGGCUGGUGGGGUCCCUCAUGGUGGGCAUUCUGGUCACCAGAUUUGGAAGGAAGGGCACCGUUUUAAACUCCACCGUGCUGGUCUUCAUCGCAGGCUCCCUGAUGGGCUUCAGCCGGAUAUGUAACUCCCCAGAAAUGGUUAUCUUCGGCCGCUUUAUCACUGGAAUACACUCGGGGAUCGCCCUCAGCGUGGUGCCCAUGUACCUGGGCGAGAUCGCUCCCAAAAACCUGAGGGGCUUCCUGGGCCUCAUGCCCAGCAUCUUCAUCUGCGUGGGGGUCUUCACCGCCCAGAUCCUGGGGCUCCACGAGCUGCUGGGGAAGGAGGACUACUGGCCUCUGUUUCUGGCUCUGGUGGUCAUACCCACAUUCAUCCAGCUCAUGCUGUUGCCAUGGUUCCCAGAAAGCCCCCGCUACCUGCUGAUAGAGAAGCACAAUGUCCAUGCCACCAUAACAGCCCUGAAGUGGUACCGCGCCAAGUGCAACAUCCAGGCGGAGAUCGAGGAGAUGCAGGAGGAGCAGCGCUCGCUCUCCUCCGUGAGGACCGUGUCGGUGUGGCACCUCCUGCUCGACUCCUCCGUGCGCUGGCAGGUCCUCUCCGUCGUCGUCAUCAACAUCGGCAUGCAGCUGUCCGGCAUCGACGCGAUCUGGUUCUACACCAAUGACAUCUUUGAGAACGCAGGAAUCCCGCACCCUCAGAUCCAGUACACCACGGUGGGGACAGGAGCCAUCGAGGUGGUGGCAGGCCUCAUCGGCUGUUUCACCAUUGAACAUCUGGGGAGGAGGCCGUUGAUAAUUGGUGGCUUUGGAUUCAUGGGGGUUUGCUGUGCAGGGAUCACGCUCUCGCUUGUUUUACAGGCCCACGUGUCCAUCAUGCGAUAUGUCAGCGUGGCCUGUGUGGUUGGGAUCAUCGCUGGCUUCUGUAUCGGACCAGCGGGCGUUCCCUUCCUGGUCACGGCGGAGCUCUUUAAGCAGUCUCACCGCCCGGCCGCCUACACCGUGGGAGGGGCUCUCAACUGGAUGUCCAACUUCACCGUGGGCUUCGUCUUCCCCUUCCUGCAGAUGUCAGCUGGGGCCUACUGCUACCUGGUGUUCGCCGCGGUGUGUUUGGCAGUGGCGACCUACGUGUUCUUCAUCAUUCCCGAGACCAAGAACAAGACCUUCAUGGAGAUCAGCCAGAUGUUCGCCUCCAAAGAGGCCAUCAUGGAGAGCCAAGGCGUGGGCAUCUCCGACCAGCUCCGACUCCGGAAGAUGAACGGAUACGGGACGCUGGAGAACGGGUCUGUGGAGUACGACAGCUCCAUGUCCUGCCCCUGA